CUUCAGUUUGCCACGAAGCUCAUCCUUACGAGUGUUUUAUCUGGAUAAAAGUCCAUUUCGAGGCAGAGAUGGCAAAGGGACUAAAGAGAAGAAGCUUGAAGUAAGUAAGCAACCAAGAUUCUAUAUGCAUUUGGGUUUCUGGGAAAACUUGAUUCUGUUCUGUAUGGGGAAUCAAGAAAUUUUUUGAUAGCACAUCUUACAUAAUUUGAACAAAGGUUUGAGUAAUUGUGGUGUUCAUGAAGGUAACUUCCCAUAUACAGUUGGGGUGGCAUGGUUGAAGAGAUUGCUGUAGUUUCAGAGAACACAGUGGAAGACAUAGCUAGGAGCCACAUAGCUUGGCUUGGGUUUUGAGAUUGAUGAGAAGUGAUGACUGCAGUUCUUCUUUCUGGAAAGAUAUGUUCCCUUGUGAUAUCCAAAACGACAGACAAAACUCUCAAACCUGUCAAUGAAUAUAAAUCAUGUCAUGUUGUAAUACCAUCCCAAGAAGCUUCACCGAACCGUCGGAGAGCUCUAUUGUGUGGUGCUGCUUCAGUUUUGGCCAUUAUAAACUUCAAUUGCGGCUUGGUACCAUCACUGGCUUGGGCGGAAGACAAAUCAACAAGGCAAGAAGAGGAAGAUAAUGCAGGAGUUGUAGGGGCCAUCAAAUCACUGUUUGAUCCAAAUGAGAAAACUAAGUCUGGAAAAGAGUUGCCUAAGGGUUACCUGAAGUCAGCAAGAGAAGUGGUAAAAAAUCUCCGGGAGUCGCUGAAGGAAGAUCCUAAAGAUAAUGCGAAGUUCAGACGUACUGCGGAUGCGGCCAAGGAAUCGAUUAGAGAGUACUUGAGCAAUUGGAGGGGACAACAAGCUGUAGCUCAAGAGGAAUCUUAUGUUGUUCUUGAAAAGGCAUUCAGAUCCUUGGCGAGCUUUUACUCGAAGGCAGGCCCCUCGGCUGCCCUGCCGGAGGAUGUUAAAUCUGAAAUAUUGAAUGAUCUAGAUACAGCUGAAGAGUCUUUGUAGUCAAUUCUAUAGCUGAAGUGAUUAAGAUACUAAAGCUUAUGUAUUACUAUAACGAUCCAAGCUCAUACAUUCCUAACCAAACUUCUAUGUUGAACUAAUUCUUAUUGUGAAGCUAAGAAAUAAGAUUUUUAUUUUUCCUGGUGAAAUAAAAAGCACCAGAGUGGAAA